AUGGAUUUGAAGUCAGACAAGUUUAUAAAGAAUGAUACCGACACUCUGAGUGUCUCCGCUAGCAAAGAACAUGGAGCAUAUUCAUCGGCGGUUCGAGAUUGGAGAGAUUCAUUCAAGCGGCAGGAUCUGUUGGAAAUGCCUGAUGCUUUGGAAUACAACGAUUUGACCGAAAGAGAGAAAACUCAAUUAAAACUAGCUUCACAGCCCUAUAAAAAGGUGCUCAGCCAGAGACAUUUGACCAUGAUUUCCAUUGGUGGUACUUUGGGUACGGGGCUUUUUAUUGGUCUGGGUGCAGCUUUGACUUCUGGUCCUGCUGCUUUACUGAUUGGUUACCUAUUGGUGGGUGCUUCAAUGUUUUGUGUUAUUCAAAGUGCGUCCGAGCUUGCUUGCCAGUUUCCAGUCACCGGAUCAUAUUCAUCUCAUGUCACGCGAUUUGUAGAUGAGUCAGUGGGCUUCACGGUAGGUACAAACUAUACUUUGGCUUGGUUAGUACUGUUCCCAAGCGAAUUAAUCGGUUGUUCACUCACAAUCAGUUAUUGGAACUCAACAAUUAAUCCGGCAGUGUGGGUAGCAAUUUUUCUGGUAUUUGUGUUAUGGAUUAAUCUUUUUGGUGUCAGGCUAUUCGCCGAGACAGAAUUUGUUCUAUCAAUAAUAAAAGUUUUAGCUAUCGUUAUCUUCAUCAUAAUUGGUAUCGUUUUGAUUGCAGGUGGCGGGCAAGAUUCCGGAGGGUACAUUGGUACUAGGUAUUGGCACGAUCCCGGUCCAUUUGCAAAACCGGUUUUUAAGAAUCUCUGUAACACCUUUGUGUCGGCAGCAUUUUCUUAUGGUGGUAGCGAGAUGGUUCUCUUGACCGGUACUGAAUCCAAGAAUAUUUCUUCAAUUGCUCGCGCCGCCAAAGGAACUUUUUACCGAAUCGCAAUAUUUUACAUUACCACGGUGGUAGUCAUCGGCUGUCUAGUGCCUUAUAAUGACCCUCGUCUGCUAAACGCAAGUAGUAGUGAAGACAUCUCAGCGUCUCCUUUUGUAAUUGCCUUGGGAAAUACAGGCUCUAUGGGCUCCAAAGUGUCCAAUUUCAUGAAUGCUAUCAUCUUGGUCUCAGUUGUGUCAGUCUGUAAUUCAACAGUCUAUGCAUCGUCUAGACUUAUACAAGCACUAGGUGCAGCGGGGCAUCUACCUGGAAUUUGUGGCUAUAUGGACAUGAAGGGGAGGCCUUUAGUUGGUAUUGCCAUCACAGGUGCGUUUGGUCUUCUAGGGUUUCUUGUCGCCACCAAUAAACAAAGUGAAGUUUUUACUUGGUUGUUCGCCUUGUGCUCAAUCGCUUCCUUCGUCACUUGGUUUUGUAUUUGUCUUGCUCAAGUCAGGUUCAGAUUAGCUAUGAAAGCUAGAAAGAGAUCCAAAGAACACAUUGCUUACAGGUCAAUGUUGGGUAUCUACGGCGGGAUCGCUGGCUGCAUUGUGAACUUUUUGUUGAUUGCCGGUGAGAUUUACGUUUCUGCAUGGCCCGUAGAUGGCAAGAGCUCAGCAGAAGGAUUUUUUGAGUAUGAUUUGAGUAUUCCUAUCAUGAUUAUCGUUUUCUUAGGCCACAAAAUAUACCGGAAUGACUGGAAGAACUGGUACGUGAAGAGACGAGAUAUGGAUCUUGACACUGGCUGCUCUAUAGAGAACUUGGAACUGUUUCAGUCGCAAAAAGAAUCUGAGAAAGAAGAUCUCGCAUGUAAGCCAUUAUACUAUAGAAUCUACAGAUUCUGGUGCUAG